AUGUUCCUCCGUCCGGGCUCUGCUCUGCUCUGCUCUGCUCUGCUCUGCUCUGCUCUGUGGUGGAGCGUCGUGCACAGCGAGCUGCAUCAAGAAAACUUCUCUGCUGCCAUGCUGCUUCCGUGGGUGGUGGUGGUGGUGGUGGGUGGUGACGGCCAAGUUCCUGCAUCAUCGGCGGUCGAGUUCCUGCAGCAAGUCACGCACUUCACGCACUGCCGCGAACCUGCUGCGAACCGAGGAGGGAAGCUCAGCUGUCAAAUCGACUACUACUACUACUACUACUACUACUACUACUACUACUACUACUACUACUACUAGGUAGCCAGCAAGCUUCCCACUUUAGACGCAACGUCGGCGACGCCUUCGAGAUACCUGUGUACCUACUCUACAUGCCCACUCUAGAGUGCUUACCGUGCCUCUCUUCCUCUAGAGUAUCUACUCUAGCAUAGUACAGAUAUUAAACCUGGGGGCGGCCCCGGAGAGAGAGAGAGAGAGAGAGAGAGAGAGAGAGAGAGAGAGAGAGAGAGAG